GUGCACUCCUUAAUAAAAACAACUAAAAAGAGCCAACAAUUCAAUUUUUUAUAUUUUUCUUUUCUCUCUUCCCAACACGCAAAUUCAAACAUUAUAAUACACGCAAUUUACCACUUUUUUUAUCACUUACAAAUGUUUAAAAAGCAGUUCCAAACAAAACCUCGCACGCCGCUAAAAUCGUCGGUGUGCAGACGGCUAGUACAAGAGUCCAAGGAGAGCUUUCCAGCAGCGUGGGCUUUGGUAGAGUCAGAGCAUUCGAUUGAAGCUGAAACUGACGUCGAGGCCAAUGCCGAGACAGAAACUGAAAGCGUUGAUGUCAAGACUGAGCACGGGGACAAGGCUGCGGGAUUCGGUUCUCAGGCACUACGGCCCAUGCCAAGCAAGUUGCAAAUGGCUAAGUUUAUCUCUCAUAUUGGCGAGAAGGGUGAGAUAUACUACGAUAGCACUGGGAAUCCCCUGUGGCUGAAGACAGAGCUUUACGGGUGCGCGAAGACGCAGCGGCUAGUUCCGACCGUGUACACGCAGUGGCGGUUUUCUGACAUGAUGCCGAUCCUGUGGACAUGGCCGCAGGUCGUCGAAAAGCUGAUCAAUGGCGCAGACCUGAUGGUUCCGGGGCUAAUUGUGCCGCAGGACGGGCUUCCCGAUUUGAAAAGCGGGACCAUCGUGGCUAUAUGUUGUCCUGGGAAUUUGGCGGCGCAGGCAGUCGGCGUCCUGACUUUUGACACGAAGGACGUGCACAGCGUCAUUGGUGCCAAGGGGAAAGCAGUAUUGAUCACCCACACAUACAAGGACCAUUUGUGGGAGUCUGGAAGCAAAGCCAAGCUGCCUGAGAUAGCGAUAGCAGUCGCGGCGCUGGAGGACGACGAACUGCUGUCAGGCGAGAAACACAUUGGCGAUGACGACUGUGCUGAGCAGAUCGAGCAUAGUUGUGGUGUCACCCUGGGCGGCGAACAGGACGAGCACAUCGUCGAGCUGUCGCCGUCUGAGAUGGAUGGGCUGCUGAUGGAGGUAUUGAAGCAAAUAAUGGCGACAGUGCUAGACGCGAACCACGCGACCGGCCUGCUGCCAAUCAAUGCGUCGACAGUGUACUCGAACUAUAUGGUGCCCAACGCGCCGCGGGGCAAAGAAGUGGACAUCAAGCGGUCGUCGUAUAAGAAGCUGGCCAAGUUUCUCAAGGCCGCCGAGAAGCACGGGCUGAUCAAACUCAAGGAUAUCCGUGGCGAGACGCACAUAAAGUCGUUCGACUGGGCGCAUCGCGACAUGGCCACAUUCCAGCCGUACAAGGUGCCGCGUAUCAAGAGUGACAGGCCGGCGGCUGAGUCUAGUGCUGCUUUUGGGGCUGCUGCCGGGGUCACCGCCUCUUCAGGCACAAGUGCGAGUGAGGCGCAUUCGGGUGGCUCUGGGAUGAUCCAGAUAAUUGAGUUAUUCAAGCCGUCACACGCGCUGGCGCCCCUGUUCGAGGAUGUUGGCGCACAAUCGGAAUCGGGGUUUUUGAGCCGGCAGCAGGCGCGCGCGGUGCUAGAGCAGUACAUCAAGGACAGUAACCUGGUAGAUCCCAAGAACCCGCGCAUGAUUAAGCUGGACCACCGGCUGUGUGACGGCUUGCUGACAAAGGAGGAGUACUCCAAGAUGAACGCAAUGCCGCGCGACAAGCUGCAGGCUCGCCUACAGGAGAAAAUGACGUUGUACACACAGGUCAUGGUGCCAGGGCAGACGCCGGGCGCGCCAAAGAUUGGCAGCCCGGCAGCUGUGGAGAUUGUGUGCGAGAAGAAAAUGGGAAAUAAAGUCGUGACGCGCAUCGCCGGGUUGGAGGCCUACGGCGUCGACCCAGCAGUCAUUGCCAAGGAGCUGCGCAUUGUCUGCGCAUCGAGCACUGGUAUUGACUCGAUCCCCGGGAAGAAGAACGCGCAGUCGGUGCUCGUGCAGGGCCACCAAGUUGCUGCAGUUACAAAGCUGCUUGAAAGGCACGGGCUGCCAUCGCAGCUGCUCAAGGUGACUGACAAGUCGGGCAAGGCGGUCAAGAAGCAAGGCGCAGGCGCAAGCAUGGGCAAGGCAGCAAUAUAGUGAAAAUCAUUUUGUACUAAAUGUUUUGUUCACAAAGUUAUCUAUUUCAAUUUCGCUGCCCUUGAUCGAUGCAAAUAUGAUU